AUGACGAGUCGCCGCAGACGGUCCCUGGACUUUCUGAUGAAAUCUCUCUGAACUGGCGGAAGCGACGCGGCCGUGAAAUCUUUACUUUAAAGGGGAAACCGAGAAACAAUUGAAACUGGAACCGGUGAAAAACAACUAGAACACGACAACGGACCUAACCGGUGGUGGUUUUGGGUCGAAUCUUUUGAAUUAAUCGUCGCUCUGUGGUUAACUAACCGUCAAGCUAGCUGCCUCUGCUAAGCUAACCUGCUAGCACCACCGGCUGCCGCUGAACGCAGACCUCCAGCCGCUGCCGCCGCCUUUUCACGGAGAUUAAACUCAGACAGAAUGGCUCUUGUUUCAUCUUCAGACUUGGAUUCGUCCUCGUAUCAUGACUCAAGCGUGUUCAGCCUUUCUCUCUGCUCCAGCUCCGUCUCUGUCUCCACCAAACUGUCCACAAGGAAGAAGUCCAACCACCACUCUCAGCAAAACGUCGACGCCGCGGAGCGCGCCAGGCUUAUGGACCAUAUUUCCUGGGUUCCCUCUCGCUGUGGUGAUCGGUAUGUCUGUCAGUCAGCGUAAAGACCGUGUUUCACAAGAAAGACUUGACGUGGUUAAACGAAAAGAGCCUGUAACUGCUCCUGUUAACUGGGACCUGUGGCUGUAGCCUUCCUCUGUAUGACAGCUGUCAAACUGAAGCUAACCCACCACUGAAGAGGACCUGGCUCUGUCGCCUUGUCACCAGUUUUUCAGUUAAUGUAAGAUAAUUUAUAUUUUGCACUUUUUUGGUUGAGUAAAAUGUUUAGAAAUAUGAGUGAUGAGGAACAUUUAUCCGGCGGGCAGAGCUCGUCUUCUCCGACCCGGCACGGAGUCACCUCUGCCGGGCUCGGGAGUCAGGAAAGCUCGUGGAUGGGCCUGUUGUCCGUGGUGUCCAGGCCCGCGCUGACAUUUCUGCAGAAAUAUCUCCCGGGUCGAUCCCGAAACCCGGCCCCGUCUGAUACAGGAGGCGGGUGGAUCGGUGCAGAUUUAAAGAGAAGUUUUGUUGACGAAGAAAGAGAGUUUUUAAGACAGCUGGACGACAUGAUGCCGCUCACGCAGCACGCGGCUCCACACCUGGCCUACCUGCGGUGUCAGCACGACGGAGCCGCCGGCCUGCUGGAGCGGAGUGACGGCUCCACUUUGCCCUGGCUGACCGCUGAUUCCCUGCGGGAAAUGGGGAUUCAGACCGCUGAAGAAAUUGACUUAAAACUCUGCCAGCAGACCCAAAUUGGAUAUUUGUCUUCUGCCAGGACUGUUUUCAGUCACGUACUGUUGAGUUUGGUGUCAUCUCAGGAAGUAAAACCCACUGCAGGGAAGGACUGGGUGACCCAGGCCGUGAACUCCACCACCAAGAGCGGCAGCAGUGUAAGCAGGACGUGGUGGGGCAGCCUUUGGGGAGGCGAGGAGAGCUCACAGAAAGGGCUGUUGUCAGGUUUGUCCUGGGCUGAGGAGGGGACGGUGACAGGCCGGCUUUGUUCACAAAAACUGGAGGCUGAGACAAAAGCCCCCGCUGCCCACACAGCCGAUGUGUUUGUCCAGAGCGGCGGCAGGGAAUCGACGCUGGGAGAAAACACUGGACAGGCUGACCACAAAGAGGACAAUGGAGGCCUUCACACAGUCCAGAACACAGACGGGUCCGCAGCAGACCACCGGCUCAGUAUCAGCAACCACCCGAGCAGUUCAGGAGCUGCUGCCGCCUCCGGUCAGGUGGCACUUCUGACCCCUGAUCAGGACAAUGGUUACUCCAGUCUGGAGGAGGAACAGUUCCAGAUGUGCCACCAGUACAUGGUGAAAGCCCUGAGUGGACAGCAGCCGGAGAGCGAUUCGCCUGAAAACUGUGCUCCUGUCAACACAGAGAUGGAGGAGGAGUCGCCUGAGGAGGGGGAGCCUACAUCAGGGAAGGUGGAGGAGGAAGAACACUCCGCUCCUCAGGAGGGUGCGUCUGCAGAGGCAACGGUGCCCUCCGCCCCCCAGUGCCAGAACAAAGCCAUCGCCUUCAUCAUGGGCUGUCCCUGCAGUGACGACGACAGCAGCCAAUCAGACAGGGAGUCCAGUGAUGAUGACGAUGGUUUUGACAGCGAGGGGUCAUCUGAUUUGUCCGAUUUGAGCGAUGAAGACGAUGAAGACGACGAUGAAGCCUCAGACUCAGACAGUGAGGCCGACUCGGAGGCGGAGCGCCUGUGGAGGUCUUUGUGCCGAAGUCUGGACCCCUACAACCCCCAAAACUUCACCGCACAGCUGCACACCAGCAGCACCCUGCCCAGGACCAUCCCCACCUCCACGCCACCGUCCUCCACCCAGUCCUCCCCUGCCUCCUCCCCUGACCUCACCCCUCUCCCUCUCUCCUCCUUCUCCCCCACCUCUUGCCCCGAUGUCUGGGAUGACUCGAACUCGGCCAGUGAGGUGGACGAAGCUGAAAACCUCCGCCUGUGGAGCUCCUUCAGCUGCACCUCAGACCCGUACAGCCCCUUUAACUUCCAGGCUCCGCUCAGGACUCGAGGGCCAGUCGAGGCUGCACCCAGGGCCAGGGCCAAGAAGGCCUCCCAGACCCCCCCCCACUCCCCUCACCAUAAAGCACCGGAGUACAGGAAGGAAGAGGCAGACGAGAGGCUGGACAGUGGCUUCUCUGAACCCUCCACCUCCUCCAGCUCCUCCUCCACCCAGAGCUGUGGAACAACCAAGAAGGUUCGUUUCUGUGAUAACGUGGAGGAGUUCUUCGCCAGCUGUGGUGAGGAGGAGGAGGACCGCCGGGGCCCCUGGGAGGAGCUGGCCCGGGACCGCUGCCGAUUCCUGCGACGCUGCAAGGAGGUGGAGCAGAGCAUCGCCUACUGCCUGCAGCCGCAGCACCGCAGCCUGGUCUACCGCCGCCUCGCCGUGCUCUACGUCCAGGAUGCCUGAGAACGGCCGUGUAAUUCAGCAUGUCUCAUACUGAGGACAUGAAAAGCAUGAACUCGGCAGGUGGACUGAGAGCUGCUGAACUCUUCACUGACUGUAGUGUGUCUCACGUGGCUCAGACUCAGACUGAGUCCACGUCUCCUCGUUUCUGCAGCUUCGUGUUUUGGAUUCAGUCGACUGAUUGAACCAGAUUCAGGGUAAAUUCAUGUGACUGAGUGAAAAACUCUUCUGUGAGGUGAAGUAUUAAGGUGUUAAUGGUGAGUUGAAGGGCUUAGCUCGUAGCUUCACUGUGAGGAAAAACCCUGUUCGAGCUGAAAGCCUUCGCUCAGAUCUGCCUGCAGCUCGUUGCAGUUUCAGUUUGUUCCUCUCAUGUAAUCAUGCAUUUUACAUGUGGACGUUCAUAUGUAGAAACCAGCUGCUGUUUCCAUCCAGAGUCAGAGUGAGAAAUCAGAGAUCAGCUGAUCAGAGGAAAGAAAACGAGUCCACGUCCACAAUCAGUUUAUUUUUCUAAUGUUGUCAUAAACCACAGGAUUCAUUCAGUCAGGAUUCACUCUCCACAGGUGCAGUCACUCAAACCAUCGGUGAUCUGUGACCAAUGACCAAUGAUCGGUGAUCUGUGAUCAAUGAUCAUUAAUCAGUGAUCAAUGAUCAUCGAUCAGUGAUUGUUUGAGUUUCACCUGAAUCCCACGUAUUAUUGUGUGUGAUGGAAACAGCACUCAGGUGUUAAACUGGUGAUUACCUGACAGUCAAACUGCAGCUGGGCUCUCUCCCAACACACUGAACUAACACCAGUUAACAGGCCCAGUCCAGACCUGCGGUGUGGAGGAUCCAGGUGUGGCGUCGCUGGGUUUCGUGUUUGUAUUUACAGCCAAAGCUUUUAGUUUCAAAGCCAAAGAUCUGAGGAGUGUGAGUGUUAGCGUCUGACAGCAGGGGGAGCUGAAGUGUUGAGCCUGCAUGAAUUUCUCUCUUUAAUGUAGAAGAUGUUCCUCUGACUGCUCAGACUCACUAAUCACUGAUUAAUCAAUCUGUUAGAGUAUUCAGCUUCUGAUCAGUGUGAAGGACAUCACUGUGGUAUUAUAGGAAAUGUCCCUUUAAUCAGUCGUCUCUGUUGAACUGAACGUCUCAGCAGGUGAAAGAUUCUCCUGCAGGAGUCCCAGCACCUCAGUCUGAGUUCACCUGAGACGUGUCUGAGCCCCAGAUCCAGAUCAGGUUCGUACCUUCACAGGUGUCGUCAGCGUGUCGUCAGGUGUCGCCGCCUCCAGGCGGCGCUCUGGUUGUUUCAGCUCACAGGAAGCUGCGUUUGUCCUGCUGUGGUCACUGAUGCAGGACGUUCAGUUCAACACAGACAUUUACCAAACCUCUAACCAGCCUCUGAAUCCCAGUCUGCACGGGGAGGGGGGAGGGGCACCGACAGGAAGUCUCCACCUGAUGUGAGUGACGUGAGGAGGAAACACCGAAAACCCGAUGAUCCACGACACCGUGUUAAAUUAACUGCUCCGUGUUUCUGUGACUAAUUAAAAAUCAGAGGAGCUUCACACUUUAAAACUCAAACACAGAAUCAGGAGGAAGAAACAGAAAUGACGGAGGAAUCUUUGGUGUUAUUUUAGUCAAAAAGCUUUUUAUUUUUCUAACGCUUCGUUUGGUGGGAAACUCAUUCUGCUUCAUCUCACAAUCAAAUAUCAAUAUUAAAUAUUCAAAUAAAAUCAAUAUUUAAUGAUCA